AUGGCCUUCUUCGACGAAUCCGGGGUGCCAGUCACCGAGGGCAGCGAGGCCUUCUUCGCUGAUCCUUCGUGGGCUUUCGGCGACAGCCCUCCCUUCACCACCACUUUUGACAGCGCUCCCCUCUAUGCGGAGGACUGGAAGCACGUCCAGGCCCUGCCCAACCCCAACGACCUCGACCACCAGGCCCCCAAGAGGCCAGAGGCGUCCAUCACGCCUCCCGGGACCGGCCAACUCCUGCCUCCCACCACCAAUGGUCUGGCCUAUCCCAUGCAGCCACAAAACGGCAUGCCUCCCGCGACCAUGAACACCUUGACAGAGGCUCAGCGCCAUCACCUGCAGAAGAUUGCUAUGCCAUCUCACCUGCAGUACCACUCGCCCAAGAGUGAAUCAAGCCCCGACUCGGCAGGCAAGUCGUCGUCCAUGUCACCGCCUGGGGGUGACAAGGCAAACAGUCGCAAGCGCAAGUCUUCUGUGGAGGAUGAUGACGACGACGACGAUGACGAGGAUGGUCAUCAGCCGGUAAAGAAGACGGCUCACAACAUGAUCGAGAAGAGAUACCGCACCAACCUUAACGAUAAGAUAGCCGCUCUGCGCGACAGCGUACCCAGCUUGCGCAUCAUGUCCAAGAGUGCCAGAGGCGAGGACACCACAGCAGACAGAGAGGAGCUGCACGGAUUAACCCCAGCGCAUAAACUAAACAAGGCAACGGUCUUGAGUAAAGCUACAGAGUACAUUCGCCACUUGGAAAAGCGCAAUAACCGCUUGGCAGAUCAGAACAACGCCAUGCAGGCACGCAUUGCUGCGUUUGAGAAGCUCUUCAUGGCUGGCGCCAUGAAUGGUGGCAUCAGUCCAGUUCAACAGUCACCAACUCCGGGACACUACCCCCACGACGUCAAUGGACUAGCAAACUCCCCUCCCAUGGGUGCAACACCCGGUGGUCGUGGCGACCCCCAGGGUAUGAUUCAAGUUCCCGAUGACUUGAAGCGGAUUAUCCAAGCACAAAUGGCCGUCGGCCAGCCCUACCCAGUUCCACAGCAGCCCUUCCGGAGGCCCAAUCCAGCAGUCGUCCGUCAGCAACAGAUCCAUCAACAACAGCAGCAGAUGCAAGCUGGAGGCUGGCAAAACGCCGGUCCCUACUUUGGCAAGUUGAUGGUUGGCUCUCUGGCCGGUCUUAUGAUCUUGGAGGCUGUACGUGAGAACGAACAAAGCAACGAAGAAACUGGAGGCCGCGGACUCUUCGCCCUCCCUGUUCAGCUGAUUGGCUCAGCCAUGUCUUACCUGAACGUGAACCUCAUGGGCUAUCACUUCGCUGCCAGUGAGAUCUUGUUCUCUCUGAAGAUCAUGUUGAUCAUUGGAAGCAUCUGGUGGGCAAUCUUCCCGUCACUAUUCGGACGAGGCGCACCCAAGCCCAAAGCUACGAAGGGAUCAGCAGCAACCUCCCUGGCGUCAGCACCCUCACUGGCCGCACCCAUUCAAGUGCGGCGUCAAGCGUGGCUUACCGCUAUUCAGACGGUGUGGGUUCCUCGGCAUAACUUUUUCCUUGAGGCUGCCGCCUUGGGUCUGAAGACUUUCAAAUUGAGCGUACGGAACUUGAUCGGCGUGAACGGAUAUCAGAUGUUGACUGGCCUGACCGAGGAGCAAGAAGCCGCCCGCAUCAAGGCCUGGUCCAUCGCUCUCGACGCCCAGCUGGCUGGUGGAGAUGUCGAGAUCAAUAAGAGCCGCCUGACCCUCACACUGCUCGCAUCUGGCACCUUACCUGACACACCGCUGAGGCUGAUGCUGAAAGCAUUACACAUCCGGGUUCUGCUGUGGGAGCUGGGCUCAACAGGAGUGCAGCACAGUAUCUUCAACACGAUGGCCUCCAAGAUGGCCAGAGCCAAGUGGAACGAGGCGAAACAGCUGCAUCGACUUCUCAACCAGCUGCGCCGUGGUGGCCAGGAGCAAUCGGAUGAUGACAUUCCGGACCACCUCACCAUACUACUAGAGCAAGAUGCAGACGAGGUCCUCAACCCCAGUGUGAUUCAACGCGCCCACAAUCUGGCUUGGAAUCGCGAAACUCAGUAUAACGCCAUUGGAGCCACCGAUGGCAUGGACUCUGUUGUCGAUGACGGAGCCGUCCGCUCUCCCAUGGAUGCCGUCGCAGCCUGGUGGUCAAGCCUUACUCUUCAGACAGCACUUACCAACAGCCUCCUCGUUCGGGGUGACGAAGACGGUGACAUUACACAACUAGUCGAAGAGGGCAUCACCCUGGCCAUCAGGACCGCUCCUGUGGGCUCAGUUGCACAGAACCGCGCCCUUGUCGCCCGCGCUGUUCUCUUCAACGAGAGACGCGGUGCCAACAUUGCUGCAGUGAUCCAGGCUAUCGGGCCGUGCACAGCGUCUGCGAACUGCUGUGAGGGUGCCGAUGCAUCUCCCCAGCCGGAUACUCCUUCUAUUGACAUACCGGAUUCCAUGUCAUCUCAAGCCGAGAUAUACAUGUCUCUUCAGUGUGCGAAGGCGAUAGCUCAUCUGCAGCGAUAUGCACCCCCCGAGGAACCCGUCAGUAUCUACCCAAUCAUCGAGGACGAAAUCCACGUCGGCAGCGAAAUGUCGCUUUUGGGAUAUAUUGCAGCAUUUACUCUCGUCAAUCGUCUCGCAGGACACGAGCUCGCCGCAGAUGCUUGCAGCCGUGCUUUAGAACGUCUGUCGGGCAGCCUACGAAUCUGGAUCGGCAAAGACAGCUGGCUGGAUUCCGAGGUCAAGCAAGAAAUGGUUGAACGAUGCCUGGCUGUCACCCGUGGUGUGGUUGGGAUGGAUAUCGACACCGAUACCGGCUAUGGCAGCAUGACAGAGAGUGACGACGAUGGCGACAGCGGGUUCAGCAGUGAUUCUGAACAAUUCUCCGUGUCUACAAUUUCCGAGACUUCUUGA